AUGCCCAGGAAUGCAUUGGUCAUUAUGCGCUAUGGGCCCUACAGCUCAGUGGGGCUGCCAGUGGAGCACCGCACCUACCGCCUGGAAGGCCUGCUAGCUGUAUUGGCCGAAGAUGGACACCAGGUCAUUCUAGAGAAGACAGAAGACUGGAACGUGGUGGAACUCAUGGUGAAUGGAGAAGUUGUCUUCCACUGUAACAUCAAAGACUUAGAGUUUGGAGGUGAUGGUAAACUAGACCCACUGUGCAAAGAGGCCAGGAUAGCUGUACUAAAUGCCUACUGAUCUCUUCGUUGGAACAGGCAUCUCAAGUCAACAGAAGAGCAGCUGCCUCCAGCCAUUCUGCAGUACAAGCAAAAGCAGCCAUUCCGGGCCGUGGAUGCUGGGCUCAGACAAGGCAAUACCCCCUGUCCUUCAGCCAGCACAGCACAGGUUUCUCACCUGGCUGCAAGGAAACGGGGCCCACAAAAGUAAUAAAACCACACCAUUUGCAGCAUCUCUCAGUCUCAACCCAUAGGGAGAGCCUUCCAAUAUCAGGUACACAUUGAGCUGAAGGAAAUAAUAAAAUGCAAUCUAAUAACAAA